AAGAAAAAUUUCUUUACGGCCUGUACAAAGAGGAUAGACUAACGAGAGAGAGUGUCCCAGAGUUGAGAGAAUGCAUAGAAACGACUGGUUGUCUUGAGUUUCAUGAGCCACUUACAGUGUUUUGUGGACAACACAGCAUACAAGUACCCGAGAUCAUUUACGUACCUGAUUCUGAUGAAGGUUCUAACGAUGGGAAUAAUAAUAGAAGGACCAAAGCUACAUGUAGGUGCAUUGUCUGUACCUGUACCCUAAUCACCAUUAUUCUAAUAAUGGCUGCCAUUGCAUUAACAUUUCUUUUCCUCUACAAGAACACUCAUUCUUCUGAUGCUCAGAAUAUCAGUGUGUACAAUGGCUAUGUAACCUCUAUCUACUACGAUCAAUUUUAUGUCAAUGAAGUGAAUCUUAUUUCCAAUAGCUCAGCUACAGCAAAUGUCUAUGUCAUCCCUAAGUCUCAGUUAUCAUACAUUCCUGUGGUGCUUCCUGAAAAGCAAAUAGACAAGAGAAAUUCUACUUUUUCUCAAAGGUUCGAACUGUAUUACGACCGAAGUGAAAACAAUCUUAUAUGUAAUACAGUUUGCGAAUUGAAUUUUAGAUUCGAGUUACAGCAAAACGGAGUUGUUUUAGGCUGCCCGGCACAACUUUUUUUGUAUGACAACAAAGCAGACUUAAAAAUUUUCAUAGCAAAUGAGCCUUAUGGCUCAGUUGGUGACCCUGUUGCUCAAACUGAUUGUCUUCCUAAAACAGGUGUAGUGAAUAAAACAUUCCAUCUACCUCCUAACAAACUCUAUUACAUUGGUUGGUACGUUGCUAAAAAUGUGGGCUAUACCAUCUGGCUAUCAGCUAAUCUAACAAGAAUCAAUAUUAGUGGACUGAAUGAGGACUGCAGUGUUUCCUCACAACACACUACCUGUCCAAUAACACAUACUAAGUAUCCACACAAAAAGGAGAAUAUAUCACUACUUUUUAACACCACAAGUACAACAAUGAUGGAUGUUAAUGUAACUCCUGUUUUAGUACAGUGGAAUCUCCAACGUCUAACUGGUGUAUCUGCUCCUUCUUGCAUAGGAGUAGUAGUAAUGAUGGUAGCUGUCUUUGUUUGGUUCUAUUAUUGUAUGAUAAGAACUGUUGCUUGGAAUGGAUACAUUACAAUAGCUUAAAUUACUUUUUGUUCAAAUGUUUACUGUUUUUGUAAUUGUUGUAUUUCAAAUUUUAAAAAUGAAGUUUUUUCAAAAAAAAGAAUUACUCAUAAAUUUUUUCAUGCAAUAGGUACAAUUUUACAUUUUAUUGUCA